AUGAUACCUUGGAGCAUAUUCUUGAUUCAUUCUCUGCUAUUCUUUUUGCAAGGUUCUUAUUGCAAGUUCUCUCUUUUGAAAAGAACUUCAAGAAUUUACAUAAAGGCCAUGGAUCCUCCUUUUGAAAAAUCGAGAACGGAGUUUAAUGCAGUUCGACAGAAAAGAGAUCUCUUAGCAGCAGAGGGCGAGGGCGACGAUCCUCCUGCGCGGCCAUGCCCAGUCCCCCCGUCCUCCGCUCUCCCCUGUGUUGGGGACACUCGUCCCUUGCUGCCCCCACGGCAGGUGCUGCAGCCCCACGUCCCCCAUUUGCGGUCUCCACACUGCAACAAGUUGGUUCCAGUCCCCAAGGGCCAGGGCCAGGCUCGUCCCCAUGGCACUGUCCGAAGCGCUGAGCGGCGCCGUGCGCCUGUCGCUGUCUCCCGUAGGUCCGCGCUGCCUCCUCCCAGUCCCGCCUUCGCCGAGCCUCUACCCGGAGUCCUCCAGGCCGUUCAUAAGUGUAACAGCAAAGAGUACAUAAAGCUUAGAAGGGAGGAGCUGAACAUAUCUUCUUGUCCUCAGGGGUGCCUUAAUGGAGCAGUCUGUACGGAGGCAGGGGAAUGUGAUUGUCAGAUAUUUCAGGCUCGAGGAAGCAGGUGCCAAAUUGUACCUAAUAGUGGUAAGAACCGAGAUGGGAUUUGCAAAUCAUGGGGACAGUAUCAUUUUGAAACAUUUGAUGGCAUCUACUACUACUUCCCUGGAAAUUGCUCCUACAUUUUUGCAAAAGAUUGUAGUACUCCAGAACCCCAGUACACUGUUUGGGUUCAUAACAGUCCUCACUGUUAUGGUUCAGUAUAUUCUUGUCUGAGGACAAUCAGUUUAUUUUUUUCAAACCAAGAAGAAAUAAUAAUUUCAGGACAUGAAGUAAGAAAGGGAGGACUUAGAUUAGCUUUGCCUCAGACUGUUGGAAAUGUUUUCCUUGAGAGAUUGGCUGACUACAUUCUAGUGAAAACUACCUUUGGUUUUUCACUUGCUUGGGAUGGAAGCUCUGGUAUUUAUAUUAAGCUGACAGAAGAUCAUAAGGGGAAACCUUGUGGCCUCUGUGGAAAUUUUAAUGGCAAUAAAUUUGAUGAUCUGAGACUGCAAAAUAAUGAAUAUACAGAAGACAUAGCUGAAUUUGCAAAUAGCUGGAUUGUGCAAACCCCAUAUGAAACAGCUUGUGUACCUACUGCCUCAGAUUUUUCCAGUCCUUGUCCAGCUGAUGCGGAAUCCACUGAGGACAUAUUCUUCAAGUGCCAAAUAUUUCUACAGUUUCCUUUUCUCAGCUGCCAUGAAAGCAUAGAUCCAUAUUCUUAUAUUUCUAGCUGUAUGAAUGAUCUUUGCAGAGUGGAUGAUGAUGAAACAUAUUGCAGAGCAGUAACAGAGUACGCUAGAGCGUGCUCGCACGCUGGCUCCCCUGUGCGCGACUGGAGGGAUGACUUUCCUGCCUGUACUGAAAAGUGUGAAGACAGCUUUGUGCACCGUGAUUGUAUCAGCUGUUGCCCACCAACCUGCACCUUUGAAAAAGACUGUCUUGGAAGCAAUCUGCACUGCUUAGAUGGCUGUUACUGUCCAGAUGCUGAGUGCUCCAUCACAGGUAACUCUCAUUUCACAACAUUUGAUGGUCGUCAUUUUACCUUUCUCGGCAUUUGCCAGUACAUUUUGGUAAAAGGCACUGGGAAAAACAAAUUCACCAUCACUUUACAGAAAGCACCUUGUGGACCAAACUUUGACCAUGCCUGCAUUGAGUCUAUAACAUUAGUUCUUGAAGAUGAUGCGAGCAAACAAGUAACUCUUGCAAGAUAUGGUCAAGUCCAAAAUGGCCCUAAUCAAGGUUUUAACCUCAAUGGGGCUGUUGAAAUUCAGAAUAUAUCUUCUUUGUUUGUCCAACUAAAAACCAGCUUUGGUUUGAAGAUACUUUUUGCUAAAGAUGGAGAGAGGCUCUACAUUCAAGUUGAUGUCAGCUGGAAGAGAAGAACAUUGGGACUAUGUGGAACUUAUAACGGAAAUUUAAGAGAUGAUUUUCUUUCUCCAGCAGGGAUGAUAGAAGGUACCCCCCAACUUCAUGCCAGUGCAUGGAAAGUUUCCUCAGCUUGUUCUGUGCCUAUCAACAUUCCUGUGGUUGACCCCUGUAAUGUUAAUCAGCAAAAUGUUGGGUAUGCAUCUCACUGUGAUAUCAUCAAUCAAGAACUUUUUGCUCCCUGCCAUGCCUACAUCAGUCCAGGAUUAUACUACCAGCUGUGCCGUUUUGAUGCAUGCAAAUGUGGAAGCAGCUGUUUGUGCAAUGCUCUUGCACACUAUGCUUAUGUCUGUGGCAAGCAUGGAAUUGCUAUUGACUUCAGAUCUCAUAUUUCUUACUGUGCUGUGAUGUGUCACAACGGUAUGCUCUACCACCAGUGCUCUUCCUUUUGUAAACACUCCUGUGCUUCACUUUCUAUGGCAAAUAGCUGUGGUGAUGACUGUGCUGAAGGAUGUAAUUGUCCUGAUGGGAAAUACUUUGAAGAGUCGGUCAACUUUUGUUUAUCAAUAUCUGCCUGUCGUUGUCAUUACAAGGGCAAAGCUAUCCAGCCUGGAGAAAUCCUCCUCACGUCAACAGGUUCCUGCCAGUGUUUGAAUGGAACAGUGAAGUGUAUUGAAGUCACUACGGAAAAUACAGUUCACGUAUGCCCUGAAGGAAAAAUCUACUAUGACUGCAGAUCUCCUGUGCCUGGACUACCAGCAGCUGGCGCAAACUGUGGGGUCUCCUGUGCAAACCUUGCCAUGAACUUCUCCUGCGUCCCCUCACCACCUUGUGCAAGCGGCUGUAUUUGCCCACCAGGGAUGGCAGAGCACAGAGGGAAAUGUUAUAUUCCGGACAGUUGCCCAUGCACAUGGAAAGACAGGGAAUUUCUGUCAGGAGAAGUGAUAGCUACACCUUGUUACACUUGUGUUUGCCGGAGAGGGGUAUUCAAUUGCACCAGCUAUCCUUGUCCUGCUGUAUGCACUAUUUAUGGAGAUCGACAUUAUUAUACAUUUGAUGGACUGGAGUACGAUUAUGUUAGUGACUGCCAAGCUUAUUUGCUAAAGAGCACAGAUAACUCAAAUGUAUCUAUAAUUGCUCGGAACAAGAAGUGCUUUGACAACAAUAUUGUUUGCUCCAAGAGUGUUUUCAUCACUGUCAGAGACACUGAGAUUUAUUUUAGCGAACCUUCUGAAAAGCAGAUCUUAAGGGGACAGGAAAGCAAAUCCAACUAUCAACUUUGGAAGGCUGGAUAUUAUACCGUGAUACACUUUCCAGAAGAGGAUAUUACGAUUCUGUGGGAUAAGAAGACAACCAUACAUGUUAAAGUUGGACCUCGAUGGAAGGGUAAACUGGCAGGUUUGUGUGGAAAUUUUGACAAAUACACUUCAAAUGAUUUGACUACAUCAAACAACAUGGAGGUGAGAAAUGCACAGGUGUUUGGAGACAGCUGGGUGUUAGGACAGUGCAAGAGCCCAAAUGAAACACUAAGACCGUGUGAGGUGCAUCAGAGCAAGUUCCCUUAUGCCAAAAAGGAAUGUUCAAUUUUAUACAGUGAUGUUUUUGCACCUUGUCGCAAUGUGAUUGAUGUCACUUCCUUUGUCAAAAACUGUCAUACAGAUACGUGUAACUGCAAUCUUGGAGGGGACUGCGAGUGUUUGUGUACCAGUAUUGCAGCUUACGCUCACAAGUGCUGCCAGCAAGGGGCUGCCAUUCACUGGCGGUCUCCUACGCUCUGUGCUUAUGACUGUGAAUAUUACAAUCAAGGGCUUGGCGAGGGACCAUAUAUUUUGGCAAGUUAUGGACAGAAUGAUAUAAUUAUAGGAGCUAACAUAUCCAGUAGAAGGAUAUUUCCCUUGCCUAGAACUGGAGCAUAUGGAAAUGUAUUUUUUAGCUUCAUGAUAACUCCCGGACUUUUCAAAGAUAAAGAUCUCUCUCUCUCUCUCGUUUCCCUUGAAUCUGCCGAAAGACCCAACUUCUUUGUGUACGUGUACGAGGAUGAGAGCGUUGGGCUGGAACAGUGGCAGGCAAGCGCCGCCUUCCGGAGACAAGCCUCAUUCUUCCACCACCAAGGCCUCUGGAGACCAGGGUUCAGUGCCUUUGAAAUGCACAGUAAAAAAGGCUUUUUCAUCAUUCUCAUAUCAUCCGGUGUUAAAGUGGCAAAGUAUGAUGAUUCAGAAGAAUUCAAGCAUUCAAGCAGCUUUAGUAUUGAAGAACUCAGUGCAUCUGUGCCUUACAGAAGGAUCUGUGAGUGGAGAUACGAACCUUGUGCUAAUCCUUGUUUUAAAACAUGUAGUGAUCCUGAAGGACUAGCAUGUAAAUUUCUUCCUCCGGUUGAAGGAUGCUUGCCAUACUGUCCUAAAAACAUGAUCCUUGACGAGGUCACGCUUAAAUGUGUUUAUCCAGAAGACUGCAUACCUGUGAAACCUACGGAAUCAACAGCUGGAACAAAAUUUUCCUCGCUAGCCUCUCGCACAGUUGCUACCUUGGAGAGAUUUCCUCAGACACCUCCUGUAUUUGUUUCUAUGGGGAUUGAGCCAACUCCUGCCAAAAUAACCUUGAAGACAGAUGGAACUCCAAGGGGAACGAAUAUGUCAGCACAGUCCAUUACAGACAUUUUUUCACUGGAAUCAUCUAAUGAUGCCACCUACUCAACGUUCACUUUACCAAGUACAGUGGAGCCUUCUGACGUACUUCACAGCACAGCAAGCCCUUCUGUCCUUUCCAAACUCACCUCUUCAACAGAUUUUCCAACUGCUCUUCAAGCAUCUGUAGUCACAUCCCAUACUGUCAGUUCUACUGCAUCUGUAGCUUUACCCAUUAUAGUAGCAACUCCAACAACACAUGCUUAUACCCCACUCCGUGCCAGCCCUGUUCCAACACGUUCUGCAUUGCUAAUGCCCACUUCCCUAGUGGUAGUACCAUUUGCACUUGAAUCAUCCAUGGCUCAGAGAACCUCAAAAAGUCCAAUUAUAGGUUUUUCACCCUCUUCUGUAGAUUUUUCCACAUUUACUUCAAACAGCGGCCUCUCUAUUAGCAUUUCAGCAGCACUAAAAACAUCCAUUAAAAUGCCCUAUUUACUAAUGCCCAAGACACCUGAAGUUAUUUUAGAAAGCCAGCUGUGUUGGGCCUCUGUGUCUUCACAUCCUCCUAAGACGACUCAUCUCUCUACUGUUUCUCUAGGAAAGCAAGGUUCUUCAGCAAGUGCAUCAGCAGAAGAUGGAAAAAAAUCAAUCAUAUCAGCUGGAAGUAUCACUCAGUCCACCACACCACUGACCAUGAACAUAACUAUGAAUGCCUCAUCCUUAAAAACAGAUCAUAUUUUUGCAGAAACAACACCUUCAGCCACUGUAUUAGUUACUUCUGGCACUAGGCUUACAACAAAACCCACAGAUUCGCCGGUUGCUGAUCUGGCCCUAGUUCCUGCUACCACAGAAAUACCUAUGUAUGUGUCACACAAAUUUUUAUUUACAUCAGCACCAUCUCAAGUUUCACAAAGCACUAAAGAAACUCUAAAAAUGACAAUCAUGAAAACAGCUGGUACUGUAAGUCCAUUUUCACAGAUGAAGAGUAUCUCGUCUACAGCUUCAGAAUUUAAAUAUGCAACCUCAAAUGAAAAAACUGCAGAUAGCUUAGAAAGCAUUCAAACUUCAAUUGUGCAAAGGAAUGUCACCAAGACAAAGUCGACCACUACUGAGAAAUCUGCACCUUAUUUAACAGCAUUUGCAGCUGAGAGUUCACCUUUUUUAACCAAAAGCGACACAACUUCAGUAAAAUCUUUCUCUGUCUCUGAAGUCCCAGAUGUAACAUCAGAUUGGUUUAAAAUCCUCACACAGAGAACUGUUAAACCAUAUUUUAAUUUAACAGAGUCCACAGAGUUGCAAAAUGGAACUGCAACAAAUUUAUCUCAUUCUACUAGUGAAAUGGCUCUGCCUUCCUCUUUAGAGCAAGCACAGACUUCUCUGGCAAGCACAGAAGCAAUCACAGUUACAGCUGACCAAGCUUCCUUUGGCGCAGUGAUGCUUACAUCUUCUGAAUGUGUGCCUAGAUACCUUGAACCUGUUGACAAAUGUAGCCAGUACCUAUGUGUUAAUACGGGUUGGAUGUUAUACAACCUUUCAAAGAACUGCCGUAGAGAUGCGCAGGAGCCGGACUGUGGAUUUCGAGGAAUGCCAUUCCAAGUUAAUACUGAUAGUUGUUGCCCCGAAUGGGAAUGUCCCUGUCAAUGUUCUGUACUGUCUGAACUGAGUGUUAUUACAUUUGAUGGCAACAACAUAGCCCUCUGUAAUGUGGCUUCCUACAUUUUAGUCAAGCUACCAGGAGAAAUUAUUAUCGCUCAUAUUGAAAAAUGUCCAGCUAAUCAAAGCGCAAAUUCAAUAAGAAAGCUAGUUCCCCCUGCAAGCACUUCUGGACUCUGUUUUAAGAAAUUAAAUGUAACAACACCUACAAAUAAAUUACUUAUCAACCGUUUAGCAAGAAGGGUAGUAGUGGAUUCUGUAAUUCAGUCAUUACCAUUUUCAAAACAAGGACUGAGCAUUCAGGACACUGGUGCAAUGUAUGUCAUCAACACCCCGGCUGGUAUUAGCAUCAAGUGGGCUCAUGUUACAGGCAUCAUAGAUAUCCAGUAUGGAUUGCAUUCUAACACAUCAGUGAAGACAGAAGGACUUUGUGGGGUGUGCAAUGGAGAUCCGAAUGAUGAUUUGAAAUUACAAAACAGGACCAUAAUUACAAAUAUGGAGGAAAUUGAAGUGUUCAUUAAGAGUUGGGAAAUUGAGAAAUCAGUUGAUGCAACAACCAGGAGGCCAGUAAGAGACUGCACCGAAGAUAACUGCACAUACUGUAUGGAACUGUUAAAUAGAAGCAUUUUCUUUCCUUGUCACAAAAAAGUUUCGCCACAGGAAUUUUGUGAGAAGAUGUGGAUCAACAGUACUUAUUUUUGGAAUUAUGAGUGCGAUGCACUUUCUGCAUAUGUGUCUUUGUGCAACAAGCAUAAUAUCUGCAUUAAAUGGAGGACGCCUGAUUACUGCUCAUUGAGCUGUCCGGAUGGCAAGGAAUACCAGCCUUGUGUACAACCCUGUGAAGCCAAGACGUGCUUGAAUAAGUGGUUUUAUGAAGAUUCUCCCUGUUCCUAUUUAAGAGAAGACUGUGUCUGUGAAAAUGGGACUAUCCUGCAUAGAACAGACUCUGAUCUCUGUAUACCAGAAGAAAAAUGUACAUGUACAGAUAACAAAGGACAACCUCGCUCUGCUGGGGAGAUUUGGAAUGAGUCCACAAAAGGCUGCUGCAUGUACAAAUGCCUAGAAAAUGGAAGUGUUAUUGCAGUAGAACCCGAAUGUGAUGAGGAUCCACCACCAGUUUGUGAAAGAGAAGGGGAAGUUAUUGUCCAUGUCCUUGAAGAGAGGGCUUGCUGCCCAAAGAAAGUUUGUGAAUGUAACAUGUCAUUGUGCGAGGCUAUUAUUCCAACAUGCAAAACCAAUGAAAAAAUGGUUGUUGGCUACCAUGCCCUAUCCUGCUGUCCACAGUACCGAUGUGAAUGUGAUCCUUCAGUUUGUUUCAAUGCUUCACAGCUGGAGUGCAGAGAAGAUCAAUUUAUUGUUCAAGCAAAACAGGAAGAUCCCUGUUGUUUCUCUUACCUCUGCGUUUGUGAAUCCUGUAUUGAGCCUGUGCCCUUGUGUAAUGAAGGAGAAAUUCUCACUGUUGACCUUAGCACCAUACAUUACUGUUGUCCUCGGUACUACUGUGUCUGUGAUGAAAACCUUUGUUCUGAACCUCCUGUGAACUGCAUGGGUGACAUGACACUUGUGAAGGAAAAUAUACCUGGGCAGUGUUGUCCAGAAUGGCAUUGUGAAUGUAGCUGUGAAAACACUACUUUGCUGGCUUGUAAAUUGGGAGAAGUUCAAAAAAUUGAUAGUAGUGUUUCCAGUGCUUGUGGAUGCACUCACUACAUUUGUGAAAAGGAUGAUGUGUGCAUUUUCCAAGACGUCACUGUCCUGAGUCCGGGGCAAUCAGUGGUUCAGUAUUUAGAUGGAGACCUUUGUUACACUGUACAGUGCUUACCAGAGAAAGAUCCGAACACAGGAUACAACGCCAUGCGUUUUACAAUGGUCAACUGUUCUCAGCAGUGUGAAACUCAUCAAAUAUAUGUUCCUUCAUCCAGUCACCAUACUUGCUGUGGUACCUGCCAGAAUGUGUCCUGUUCUGUUCAUUCAGAGAAUGGAACAUUAGUUGUGCAUGAAGAAGGAAGCACCUGGAGCUCCAACUGCACAAACUACAAGUGUGCAAAGACCGCAGCAGGGGCUAUGAUACUGGGGUCCAGUGUUAUCUGCCCCCCUUUUAAUGACACUGAAUGUACAAAGAAUGGAGGAACUGUGCAGACGUAUAAUGAUGGCUGCUGCAAGACCUGUAAAAAGGAAGAUAGAAUUUGCCAGAAAAUGACAAUCAGAACAACCAUAAGAAAAAGUGACUGUAUAAGUCAAAGCCCGGUAAAUGUGGCGUCUUGUGAUGGAAAAUGCCCGUCUGCAACGAUUUUUAAUGUUAAUAUUGACAGCCACUUAAGAUUCUGUAAAUGUUGUCGAGAAACUGGGACACGUAAUCUGACUGUGCCUCUAUACUGCUCAGGAAAUGGCACUGAAAUCAUGUAUGUCAUUCAAGAGCCUAUAGACUGCUCGUGCCAGUGGAACUGAAUGCUGCUGGGUGUACAAUUUUGUCUGAAGAAUGAAAAUGAGU